AAAAUGUCUGAAGACAUAUGUGAUGGCAUCCCAUCAGAAGAAAAACCUGAAGUAAUGGAAAUGCCCAGCAAUGAGGUAUUGCCUCAUGAGUCAGUACCACACCUUGUGGAAGCUGAGAUCUUGCAUGAGUCUUCACAAGAUAAACAUGGAGAGGUUGCUCAGAGUGCCGUUUAUAGACAGGAAGGAGACAUAUUUAUUAAUGAAAACCCUUUGACUGAAAAAUUACUUGAAAGUCUGCCUUCCAAUGGAGAUGCAACUGAAGACAUGCCAGCUGAGUGCAGUGAGACUGUAAGCCUUGAUGCAGAACCUGAAUCUGAAGAAACACUGAAUGAACAAAGCAGCCCAGCCACAGACGCUUCAUCUAAAGCAAGUAGAUGGGGAGCUUGGGGUACCUGGGGAAAGUCUCUCCUGUCAUCAGCCUCUGCCACAGUGGGUCAUGGGAUAACAGCAGUAAAGGAAAAAGCAGGAACUACCCUAGGAAUUCAUAAUACAAGUUCAGCAUCUUCAGAAAUAGCAGAGUCUCCUGCAGCUGAAACACCAAUUACACAAGCAGAAGAUUCUCUGGACCAAAGCUCUUCUGAGAAUAUUCCUUCUUCUCCUUCAUCUGGAUCUCGUGGCAUGUUGUCAGCUAUCACUAAUGCUGUUCAGAACACAGGGAAGAGUGUUUUAUCUGGAGGCUUAGAUGCUUUGGAAUUUAUUGGGAAGACAACCAUGAAUGUCCUUGCAGAAAGCGAUCCUGGAUUUAAGAGAACCAAAACAUUGAUGGCAAGAACAGUUUCUCUCUCUCAGCUGUUGCGUGAAGCUAAAGAAAAAGAGAAACAGAGGAGGGCCCAGCAAGUUACAGUUGAAAGAACAGCCCAUUAUGGACUACUUUUUGAUGAAUUCCAAGGUUUGUCUCAUCUUGAAGCUCUGGAAAUCCUGUCAAAUGAAAGUGAAGCUCAGAUUCAGUCAUAUUUAGCAACACUUGAUGGAGAGCAGUUGGAGACUGUGAAAACUGACUUAAUUGCUAUAAAAGAGGUUUUUGUUCCAAAGGAAUCAGAUGAUGAAGUGGUGCAGGCACAGAAAGCAGAUAUGGGAGAAGAGUUCGUCAGCAUGCUCACUGAACUGCUCUUUGAAUUGCACGUUGCUGCUACUCCUGACAAACUCAAUAAGGCUAGGAAAAAAGCUCAUGAAUGGUUGGAAGAAGCCACUUUUUCCACUCCAGUAGACAUAGAAGAGAAGCUAAAAGAAAAACCUGGAAAACCUGGUGAAGAAAACAUUGAAAAAGAAGAUAGAAGUGACAGUGAUAAACCAGAAGUAAAUAAAAACAGAACUGUGGAGGAAAUCUACAUGCUGUCCAUUGAAAGUCUGGCUGAGGUAACUGCUCGUUGUAUUGAACAGCUUCAUAAAGUAGCAGAAUUAAUUCUGCAUGGGCAGGAAGUAGAAAAAACAGCUCAAGAUCAAGCGAAAGUACUGACAAAUUUAACAAAUGCCAUGUGCAAUGAAGUUUCAUCUUUAUCCAAGAAGUUUUCCGAUUCUGUAACAGCAGCUGGGAGCAGUAUGAAGGCAGAGCUUCUUAACCCCAUCAUCAGCAGUGUGCUAUUAGAG